AUGAUAUGUUGAUAAACUCGAUCCAUGGCUUCAAUGAAUGAUGCAGUAGAUUUGAUGGAAUUGACGUCCGAUUCCAUCUCGAAAACUACGUGGUCGACCAUAAUUGAGCACAUGAGAUCUCCAUCACAGGGAGGGAGGGAAGAAGGGAGAGGUGGAUUGGCCAAUACAUUUGGCUGUUUCCGGGGGGAGUGGGGGCUUCGGUGCCGACAAGGAGGAGACAGCUCGUCGGCUUCUCUUCCUCUUGCCGCUGCUUGCCUUGUUGUUGUUAGCCGACGACGGUGGAGAAGACAAAAGAGGAGUGCUGGUCGCAGUGCAGCGACUGAGAAAGCUCACCUACCGACUCUUUUGUCUUUCCUCCGUGCACGCCAGCCCCAUCCACCUCCUCCUCCGCCGACGGUGGCGGCGCCGCCCCCACGCCUCUUCCUCCCAGCACCUUGCCCGGAGAUCGAGAAGAGAUCCUUCGUGAACACACUUGAGAUGAUGAAGCUCUAUCUAUUGUCCAUGUACAAUAGAAAGAGCAGAGAAGCAGGAGGAGGAGGGUGUGAUAAUUUCACCAUGGUCAUAGUAGUAGUAGCCUUUGUCCGGAGGGUCGAAGCUGGAUCAGGCUGUCUCCAAGUCAGCUUCAGUCCACGUCAAGUCCUCAGGCAUCGAGAUAAGGUGAGCCCCCCACCCAUCUUGAUGGUUACACGCGGGGAGGUGAGAUGCUUCUUACGGCAUCCACGCCGUGCCAUGCCACGCCAUGCCAUGCCAUGCCUCGAGACCUUUUCACUGACAGAGAAUAUGAUUAAGAUCACAAGCAUCAGCGAUCGAGUUCUUUGAUGGAUUGACAACCAGAAUUUAACGUGGCAGAUCCAGCCAUCUCGAAUGGAUUCAAGCUGCAAAUGGCUAACACACUGGCAAUUAAGAGCAGGCGAAAGAACACCGAGAAGGAGACAAACGCAAGCAUCUCUCUCUCUGAUGACCAACACUUUUUCUUCUCACUGUUUGUUCUCUCUCUCUUUUUUUUUGUUUUCGGUCUCGAGAUAUGAAGUGCGGAAACUAAUGAAUGAAUGAAUGAAUGAAUGAAUGAAUGAGCACGAUUAGUUAGCUGUUGCAAGAAGAAGCAUUCUACCUUUCGGAUGAUUAGUCAAAUGGAACAUCGAUACAUCACAUGGGAUUCUUCUGGUCGUUCUCCACAGGGAGAG